UGCCACAACCCCCACCCACGCCCAAAACAUUGAACACACCCCGUCAACCCAACCCAGGAGCGCUCAACUAGGACGAUUUAAACCUGCAAAAGGAACUCAGCAAACCCAAGGCCCGACUGUUUACCAAAAACAUAGCCUUCAGCCAAACAAGUAUUGAAGGUGAUGCCUGCCCAGUGACGUUCAACGGCCGCGGUAUCCUAACCGUGCAAAGGUAGCGCAAUCAAUUGUCCCAUAAAUCGAGACUUGUAUGAAUGGCUAAACGAGGUCUUAACUGUCUCCUGCAGGCAAUCAGUGAAACUGAUCUCCCCGUGCAAAAGCAGGGAUGAACACAUAAGACGAGAAGACCCUGUGGAACUUCAAAAUCAAUAGCCACCACACACCCAAAACCAAACCUACCUAGGCCCACUAAUCUAACACACUGGCUAAUAUUUUUAGGUUGGGGCGACCCUGGAGAACAACAAAUCCUCCAAAAACUAGGGCCACAACCCUUAACUAAGAGCAACCCCUCAACGUGCUAACAGCAUACAGACCCAAUAAAAUUGACCAACGAACCAAGCUACCCCAGGGAUAACAGCGCAAUCUCCUCCAAGAGCCCCUAUCGACGAGGAGGUUUACGACCUCGAUGUUGGAUCAGGACAUCCUAGUGGUGCAACCGCUACCAAGGGUUCGUUUGUUCAACGAUUAAAAGUCCUACGUGAUCUGAGUUCAGACCGGAGCAAUCCAGGUCGGUUUCUAUCUAUGAUUUAACUCUUCCUAGUACGAAAGGACCGGAAAAGUAGGGCCAAUACCCCAAGCACGCCCUCUCCCCAAGUGAUGCCCCCAACUAAAUCACCAAAGGAACCAAAAUUACCCCCCCCGAAAAUGGCCGCUAGUGUAGCAGAGCCCGGCAAAUGCAAAAGACUUAAACCCUUUACUCCAGAGGUUCAAAUCCUCUCUCUAGCUCCCACUAUGAUCUGACCAAACAUUCCCCCAACCUACCCCAUCAUAAUAUUAUCCUACAUAGUCCCAAUCCUAAUCGCCGUAGCAUACCUCACAUUAAUUGAACGAAAAAUCCUAAGCUACAUACAAUCCCGAAAAGGCCCAAACAUCGUAGGCCCCUUUGGACUUCUACAACCCAUAGCCGACGGAAUCAAAUUAUUCAUUAAAGAACCAAUCCGCCCCUCCACAUCCUCCCCACUCCUAUUCAUCACAACCCCAAUACUAGCCCUCCUCCUCGCACUAACAAUCUGAGCACCCCUCCCCCUCCCAUUCUCUCUCGCAGACCUAAACCUAGGCCUCCUCUUCCUCCUAGCAAUAUCCAGCCUAGCAGUCUACUCAAUCCUAUGAUCAGGAUGAGCAUCAAACUCAAAAUAUGCUUUAAUCGGCGCACUACGAGCAGUAUCCCAAACCAUCUCCUAUGAAGUUACACUAGCCAUCAUCCUCCUAUCCGUAAUCACAUUAAGCGGAAACUACACUAUAACCACCCUCACCACACUACAAGAACCUUUAUACCUCAUAUUCUCCUCCUGACCCCUCGCCAUAAUAUGAUACAUCUCAACACUAGCUGAAACAAACCGCUCCCCCUUCGACCUCACAGAAGGAGAAUCUGAACUAGUCUCCGGCUUCAAUGUAGAAUACUCCGCAGGACCAUUCGCCCUGUUCUUCCUAGCUGAAUACACAAACAUUAUACUAAUAAACACACUAACCACCCUCCUAUUCCUAAACCCAAGCACAUUAAACCCACCCUCAGAACUAUUCCCACUCAUCCUGGCCACAAAGACCCUACUCCUCUCCUCAAGCUUCCUAUGAAUCCGAGCAUCCUAUCCACGAUUCCGAUACGACCAACUCAUACACCUCCUCUGAAAAAACUUCCUCCCCCUAACCCUAUCUCUCCACCUCUGACACACUAGCAUACCAAUCUCUUACGCGGGCCUACCUCCUUACCUAAGGAAAUGUGCCUGAAUGUAAGGAUCACUGUGAUAAAGUGAACAUAGAGGUAUACCAACCCUCUCAUUUCCUAACUCAAACCUUAGAAAAGCAGGAAUCGAACCUACACAAAAGGAAUCAAAAUCCUCCAUACUUCCUUUAUAUUAUUUCCUAGUAAGGUCAGCUAACAAAGCUAUCGGGCCCAUACCCCGAAAAUGAUGGUUCAACUCCCUCCCCUACUAAUGAGUCCCCUCACAAAACUUAUCUCAAUCACAAGUCUACUCCUAGGGACAACAAUCACCGUCACAAGCAACCACUGAAUAAUAGCCUGAACAGGAUUAGAAAUUAACACCCUAGCCAUCAUCCCCCUAAUCUCCAAACCCCAUCACCCACGAGCCAUUGAAGCCGCAACCAAAUACUUCCUCGUACAAGCAGCCGCCUCCGCACUAUUACUCUUCUCAAGCAUAAUCAACGCACAAUCCACCGGACAAUGAGACAUCACUCAACUCACCCACCCACCCUCACAACUUCUACUAACCACUGCAAUUGCCACCAAACUAGGCCUAACCCCAUUCCAUUUCUGAUUCCCAGAAGUACUCCAAGGAUCCUCCCUCAUCACAGCCCUCCUCCUAUCAACAGCAAUAAAACUCCCACCCACCUCCCUCCUACUUCUAACAUCACACUCACUAAACCCCACACUACUCAUCACCAUAUCCAUCAUAUCCAUUGCCCUGGGCGGCUGAAUGGGACUCAACCAAACACAAACCCGAAAAAUCAUAGCCUUCUCUUCCAUCUCCCACUUAGGCUGAAUAGCCAUCAUUAUUAUCUACAACCCAAAACUAACCCUACUAGCCUUCCUCAUCUACACCUUAAUAACAACUUCCAUCUUCCUCACCAUAAACACAACCAACACCUUGAAACUACCAACACUAAUAUCUUCAUGAACC